AUGACAGAUUUUGACCUAAUGAAUUUUCCAUUCAAUGAGCGCUUAGACUCACCUGUUUCCGAUGAUGCUGAGGUAAGGGACGAAGAACAGAUUCCACAAAACUGGCUUAAUGAGAACCAUGUGGGAAAGUCAAUUCUUCCUUUAUUUGUCAACCCUGAAGACGUUGCAAAUUGCAAUUUUUCCAAUAACAGGGGCGCAUAUGAAGAGAAUAAACCAUUGUCUACGGAUCGCAUGAACUAUGCCAGAAAUACUAGCUUUCAAGGAUCUCCCGGAUUGCAAGAAAGAUCAAACAACGAACAAAAUAAAUCUCCUGAAGUAAUUAGAAGUCAAAAAAAAGACUUACCUAACUUCAUACAUUCUACACCCAGGGAGAAUUCUUCGACAAGGCAUUUCACAAAAGCGAGUAAGCAGGCUUCUUCCCAAGAAACCGCUGAAAAAUUAUCAGCAGAAAUUUCCAUAGAAGAUUUUAACGGCGUAAAAGUUCCUCUGCAAUGUUCUUUAUCUAAGGAAAGUCUUCAGAUUUUAGAGAAUGUUUUACUGGGAUAUCAAAAAAAGAUCAUCGAAUUAAGUAGGGAUAAUUUGAAACAAGAGGAAAGAUCUAACUCUUUACAACGACAACUUGAAGCUGUCACGCAGUCAGAUGUUAGAAGCUCAAGUAAUGAAAAGAAAAUCGGAGAACAAGCAGUCGUUAUAGAAAACCUAGCGAAAGACUUCUCAGAUACCAAGGAAAUGCUAGAAAAAGCUAAUAACACUAUUCAAAUAAAACAAACUGCACUACUGAGCCUCACUGACGCCUUACGCAAAGUACAGUUAUUUGAAAUACCGAUUGGUAUACUAUUUUUCGAAUUAUAUGAAUCUGAGGACGCUUCUUCAAAUCUUAAUGAGAUAUUACAGGGAAAAUAUCCUAAUAUCAAAGGAUUUUUAGGAGCUUCGCAUUUGGAGGAGAAAAAUUCUUUGUCACAACGUUUUGAGAAUGCGACAUCGGAGAUUAAUGAUCUCCGAAAUGAAUUGGAAAAUAAGAAAACCGAAAUCCAAACUAUGAGAGAGAGAAAUAAUAAUUUACUUGGUACAAAUAAGACUCUUUCCAAACAAAAUAAGGCCCUAUGUGAAAAAUUUGACAAAUUAAGCAAUGACGAAAAAAAUAUUCUCAAAGGAUGCAAUGAAGAAAUUAAAAUUAAGUUGGAAAGUUUAAAUGAAAGACUGGGAUCAUGGGAGAAAAGCAAAGAAAACUACGAAGCAUCAUUAAAAAAUAAAGAUCAAAUGUUGGGAGAUUUUGAGAAGCGGACAAGCACUAUGUCAAAGGAACUGAAUCAUUUAAGGUCGCGCUUAGGAAACUUGGAGGGAAAUACAUCAGAAAGAAUCACAAUAAAAGAUAUCUUACAGUCAAGGCCUGAUAUUUCUGCAGAAGAAUGUAAUCUUCUCAUGGUCGACCAAAUUGAUUCAGCUAGUUUAACGGACUUACAAAAUAUCAUUAAAGAAAUUAUACUGGCUAUUGAAAUCCCCUACCCAAAAUUAAGGCGAAAAAUUCCUUUAUUAGCUAUCAAACUGAAAUACGAAAAUAUCAUGCUAUCAAACUUUGCCCAACGCUUGCAUAGACAAAUUUAUAAGCAGGAAAUGAAUUUGAAGAAGUUUACAGAUCAAGCAUACUAUGAAUUUAUGGCCGCACGUAGGAUGGACUCCAUAAAUCACCAUUUGGAGAGGUGCCUGGAUCAUCUGUAUGAUCAUAUCUUGGAGAAGAUGGUCAAAUGA